UAUAUUUUCAUAUUUAAUUAAUGGACGUGUGCAAUCGUAUUUGUAAAAAAUUCAGAGGGGCGAUAUUUGCGUUAGCAUGGAUAUAUACCGUUAAAUUGUUACAAUUCCCAGGAACAAAAUGUUUCGAGAGAAUUAUAGUGCUUCCAAAUAAGAGAGGUUCUGUGAUAAAUGAGAGAGCUAGACUGACGGAGUCGUAAAUACAUCUUUGACGACAAAAUAAGAAGAAGAUGUAUUGCCUACAGUGGUUGAUUCCAGUACUGCUUAUACCAAAGCCAGUAAAUCCAGCAUUGCUACAAACGCAUGUCAUGUUCAUGGCACUUUACCUAAUCGGAUUCUUCCUAGAACGAAAGCCGUGCACCAUGUGUAGUUUAGUAUUCCUUGUCGCAGUUUUCCUAAUCUGUUAUAGCGGGAUUGGUAACUGCGUGCUUUGGAGUACGAAUUGUGAUACAGUGAGAUGCGAUAAUAGUUAAAAUUGUUAAGACAACGUUCCUAGGUUCUACAAAUGUCAUAACCUGUAUUUCUCUUCUCGAAGGAUAUGUCAAAAUUAGUUCUUCGAUAAGUAAUCCAUUGAAAAAGCUAAUAUAGAUAUGUGUACACAUUUUGCUAUCGACUGUGUAUAUAUAUAUGCAUUAGUAGAUGUAUAUAAAUGUGAGUUUUUUAUGGUUUAAAGACAGUUUCUAUAGUUCUUGCAAUUGGUAUAUAUACAUGUCAUAUGUGUACAUAUUACACGCUGUAUACACAUAUACAUGUUUAUACAUGCAAUAUAUACAAAUAUACAAAACUGAUAGGCCAUAACAAAUUUUUACAUGAUACGAAAAAGCUUCUAUGUAAGGUCAUAAUAAUUUAAGAUUAUGGAAUGACUAAAAUAUAUAUCGUCUUUGUACAUACAACUAAAUUUAAUUUCGAUUAGUUUAAUCUUUUUAUGAUGUAUAUACGAUUAUUUUCGAGUUAGAAUUGUUGACCCUUGUAAAUUGUAUACUUUAAAAAACAAGACUUUCUUUGCUGGUUGCUUUAUUUGAAUAAAUCUGUAUGCAAAGAAUUCGGUGGUUAUGUAGCGUUUAUCAUGUGUGUUAAUUGCCCACGCAAUUAAAGUUAAAUUCUUUUCAGUAAUACGACUGACGACGUUAUCGAAGAAACAUUAAAACGGGAAAAUUGUCUAAUCGAAAUACGCAUACAUAUAGAUUAUAUAGAUGAUCGCUAUUCGUUGAUCGAAUACGACAAACAGUAGAAAUAAGUAUCGAAUUAAAGCAUAAAGUCUAAGUAAUUCAUUUUAAUAUGUAUUAUAUUAAAGAUACUGAUACUACGGUAAAAUUUGCAAAUGGUUACUUUUGACUUGUUCAUAAAAUAAAUAUAUAUUUAUUUUACCGAGCAUACAUAGUAGUGGAAAUUAAAAUGUAACUACUUGUAUAUUGCGUUUAAUACAUCUUUCCAUCCAG